ACCCUUGAAACAUUUACCUUGAUUUAAAAAAGAAUACUGAGACAAUAUAAGAUCCUCUUCAUACUUAAAAAAAUGCAACAGAAAGAAAAAAAAUAAAGUUAAAGCUGAAUCUGUCUUCAAUUCACUCUAUUAUGUACAUGGGCUCUAUUAAAAACUGAAAAGUUGAAGGCUGAUUUAUUUCUGCUUAUGGCCUCACAAACAAACCAUCCUUCUGAAUCUUGUGAAGAAUAUUUUAAAAGAUCUGUUUGUAUACCAUUCCUGGAUCAUGUUUGUAAAGACCUAUAAGAGAGAUUUUCUUUAGAGGUUAUGAAUCAGGUACAGCUUUGUGUCAUCCUGCCUAAACCAGACAUAAUUACAGAACAGGAAGCUGCUGUGAUGGAAAUAGUAAAUACCAAACAAGACCUCAACAAAUAUUGUGCCACUUCUAUAGUACAAGAGUUUCAUUUUGGGCUCAAAAAUGAAAGUGAAUCAUUAUUAACAAAGAACAAUUUUCAUAAUCAGUUUUGAAAACCUUGGAAAAUUAUUUCAUUGAACAUUGAUUGAAGAUGGCUGAUAGUUUGAAAGACUAUAAGAAGAGUGAUAUUUCAGCUGAAACUAUAAGAAAACUGGCAAGAUUACGGAAAAAAUUUAUGUUAGGCUCUGAUGUAGAUAAAGAUCUUGUUUUCGAUUUUCAAUUUCUUAUGAAUGAAGAAACUGUAUCUUAUAUCCAAAAACAUGGCAAAGUAAUGUUCUUAAUUCGUGGUCCACCCAGUACAGGAAAAGCCACAUUGAGUGAAAUGAUUAUUGAGAAGUAUCCUAAGGCUACAUUUUGCUGUGCAGAUCUUUACUUUAAGAAUUCUUUUAACUCUCCUUCCCGAACUAAGGAGUCUCUUAGGCUUUCACAUGAAUUUUGUGCAAGUAGAGCAGAAACUGCUUGCACAAACGAUUCAAGAUUAAUAAUUAUUCAAAAUACUCAUAUGCGGAAAUGGGAAAUGCAACAUUAUUUGAAUUUGGCAGCUACUAACAAUUAUGUUGUAAUAAUGGCCAUUACGCUGUAUCGAUUUGAAGUAACUCCAGAGGCUCUUCUAGCUAAUAAUACUGAUGGCCUCAAUAUUACUUACUUCCGGAAACGUUUACGUCAAUGGGAGGAUAUUCCACCUGCAUUAACAGGUUGGUUCUUGUGUCCAGAGGAUGCUUCAUAUUUGCAAAGUCUUGCUUUGGAAUCUCUUAAAGGAUUAACCGCAGAUGAAGAAUUUUGUCAUAUCUUUGAAUUGUAUAGUUCUGAUAAAGUUGCGCAUUAUUACAAAGCCCGAAGACUUUUAUUUUGCCUUGCAGCAUAUGCAACUGACAGUUAUGAAAUGAAAAACCACUACUUAUCAGAUAUAGUACAAUAUUUAUAUGGCAAAUGCUUCACAAUUACAGUCUUAGGCUAUCACAUCACACCUUCUGCAAUGAAUGCAGUUGUGUAUGUAGAUGACAAAAUGGAGCUUCUUAUGUUUGAGGGUUCUCACAAUUAUGUGAAAAAUUAUGAAUUCAGUGAUUACAUGAACAGAUUAGGAAUCAAUGAUAACUUAUCUGAACAUGGAAAAACCUACAAGUUCAAAAAUAGCCCUCAGUCACUAAAGAGUGCAACAGCUGCUCUAGAAGAAUGGGAAGAGGGAGAAGUAUUUUUUGCUAAGCAGUGUAGUUUCAUUCAUUUGGCCCAAAAGGAUGAAGAUGUUUUUGAUGCUGGACAACUCAGAAACGAAUUCAAGAAGUCCAUAUUAUUUGCCGCUGAUGUUGAUGAUAAAUUUACAAGUGAUUGUUUUAAUACAUUGAAUAAUGGAACUACAGUUUGUAGGGUAAAAGACAAUGAAUGGCUAAUUAAAGCACCAAAGAAAAUCAGCUUUAAGGCACUAUUUACUGGACUGUACACUUAGAAUGAAUUCAGGCCUUUUUAAUAAUCCAUAAGUGCCUAAUUUUAGCCGUAUUUUGAUAUACCAUUUAAAAGAUAUGAUACUUUUCUGUUAACAUGACAGAAGGAUGAAUUUGGUAUGUGCCAAAUAUAUCAAAUAUUGCAACUUUAUUGGGUAAAACACACCAAGCCCAUUGUAGACAUACUUCAAACCUUUUUGAGUAUUUAGUUCUCAUUUUGAUUCAGGCAUUACAUCAAAAAAUUUUCUUGUUUUUAGAGUGAAAAGCAUCUCAUUUACUUCAGGAAAUGCAAUUUUAUCCUUUCUUUUAAUGGUAUUUACUGAAAAAAAAACUUUUAUAUUAUGUUUUUAGUUUGAUAAAUAAUAUAACAAUGUGAUGUUUAAGUUUUUGACAAUUUUUACUAUUGCGAUAUCUUUUAUAAUUU